AUGCCAUCGGCUGUCUCGCACUCACUCCUUUCCACACCUCUCUCACGCCUCGCCCUUUUCUUCAUUAAUCACAUCCCCUCUCACAGGGAUGCCACAAGGGCAUUUGUCUCGGGCAACUUCUCAGGUGACGGCUUAACGGACGACCUGACAGGGCUGUCAGGAGAGCAGUGCAUUGGCAUUGCAGACUGGCGCGACUUUUACUUCAAGACCUACAUCCACGUGGGGAAGCUGGUGGGUCGAUUUUACGACGAGCAGGGGAAGGCGAAGGAUGUUCUGGGCGAGUUUGACGAGCUGCUCAAGGAGGGCAAGCGGCAGAGAGACGUGGCCACGGCUGGGAGAGUGCAAUAG